AUUCACUGAGAGGCAGCGUAGUCGGUUCCACACAACCAGACGGUGCAGCCACAUCGUCUAAUUUCAGCCAUCGUUUAGCGUGGAGGCCGACAGAGUCGACGAGUGUCACCAGUCCUGUCACGUCGGGGAAGGCACUCAGACGGGCGUUCACUGAGCGUUCACUCCUCCUCCAAGAUGAACUCACCCUGCAGCGAGACUUUGUCAGCCCCUCUCGAGUCACGUGGGAGGGAAGACUCAAACCUUGGCGGUUCCUUACUCCAGGCACACGGGGGCGCAAGACCGCAGCGUCUGCCGUGAAGGCGGCGGGGCGACGCUUUUGCCCUUUGGACGCCGACGUGCCCACGUCCUGAGGGACCUCGAGCCCCGACCCGGAAGCGCUGGCAUCACGUGGCGCGGCGUGGGCCGCUGCCUUGGAAACACGGCGCGCGUGGUCGCGGCGGGAGCUGCGGUGCAGGGGCGGGGCCUCGCGGCGGGGGUAGGGGCUGCUCUGGGAUCAAGAUGCUGUACGCCUGGAGGCUGGGAGGGCUCGGACUCCGGGCCGCGGCUCUAUGGCCGGGGCGAGCGGGCCUGGGCGGCCUCGGAGCCGGGAUCCGGGCCCGGGAGGUCAGCACCAGCUGGUCCUCGGUGGGCGCCGCCUUCAAUGUCAAGCCCCAGGGCCGCCGUCUGGACCUGUUCGGCGAGCGCCGGGGUCUUUUUGGAGUUCCUGAGCUCAGCGCCCCAGAAGGAUUUCAGAUCGCACAAGAAAAUGCCCUGAGAAAGGCAGACUUGCUGGUGGAGCGCGUGUGUUCCUUGCCGCCUGGACCACAGACCGUGCUCAUUUUCGAUGAGCUUUCUGAUUCUUUGUGCAGGGUGGCCGACUUGAUCUUAGUGAGGCACCAGACCCUGGUAAGAGGUUUGCCUGGAUUAACCGAAUUAACCUUCUCAGCAUAUCUCCCAUUUUCAGAUGAGGAAAGAAAGGCAGUAAGAGGUGAAGUGAUGUACCCAGGAUCACCUAGCCAGUUGAACACAAAUGUGGAGUUAUAUCAGAGUUUGCAAAAACUGCUAGCUGAUAAAAAACUUGUGGAUUCCCUUGAUCCAGAAACCAGGCGAGUGGCUGAACUGUUUAUGUUUGAUUUUGAAAUCAGUGGAAUCCAUCUAGAUGAAGAAAAGCGUAAAAGAGCAGUGGACCUGAAUGUGAAGAUCUUGGACUUGAGUAAUACAUUUCUUAUGGGAACUAACUUUCCCAACAAGAUUGAGAAGCAUCUCUUACCAGAACACAUUCACCGUAACUUUGUAGUCACAGGAAGUCAUGUCAUAAUUGAUGGUCUACAUGCAGAAGCUCCAGACGACUUGGUUCGAGAAGCUGCUUAUAAAAUUUUUCUCUAUCCCAAUGUGGGUCAGUUGAAAUGUUUGGAAGAAUUGCUCAGCAACAGAGACCUUCUGGCAAAGUUAGUGGGAUACUCCACAUACUCCCACAGAGCCCUCCAAGGCACAAUAGCCAAAAAUCCAGAGACUGUCAUGCAGUUCCUUGAGAAACUAUCAGACAGACUUUCUGAAAGAACUAUAAAAGACUUUGAGAUGAUACGAGGGAUGAAAAUGAAACUAAAUCCUCAAAAUUCUGAAUUAAUGCCUUGGGAUCCCCCCUACUACAGUGGUGUGAUUCGUGCAGAAAGGUAUAAUAUUGAGCCCAGUUUAUAUUGCCCAUUUUUCUCCCUUGGAGCGUGCAUGGAAGGCCUAAAUAUUUUGUUUACCAAACUGUUAGGAAUUACAUUAUAUGCAGAGCAGCCUGCAAAAGGAGAGGUGUGGUGUGAAGAUGUUCGCAAACUGGCUGUGGUUCAUGAAUCUGAGGGAUUGUUGGGGUACAUUUACUGUGAUUUCUUCCAGCGAGCAGACAAACCACAUCAGGAUUGUCAUUUUACAAUCCGUGGAGGCAGAUUAAAGGAAGAUGGAGAGUAUCAGCUCCCAGUCGUAGUUCUCAUGCUGAAUCUUCCCCAUUCCUCAAGGAAUUCACCAACUUUAUUAACUCCUGGAAUGAUGGAAAAUCUCUUCCAUGAAAUGGGGCAUGCCAUGCAUUCUAUGCUGGGACGUACCCGUUACCAACAUGUCACUGGGACCAGGUGCCCUACUGACUUUGCUGAGGUUCCGUCUAUUCUGAUGGAGUACUUUGCAAAUGACUAUCGAGUGGUUACCCAGUUUGCCAGACAUUACCAGACCGGGCAGUCGCUGCCCAAAAAUAUGGUGUCUCGGCUUUGUGAAUCGAAAAAGGUGUGUGCUGCCGCUGAUAUGCAACUUCAGGUCUUUUAUGCCACUCUGGAUCAGAUCUACCAUGGGAAGCAUCCCCUGAGGACAUCAACCACAGACAUUCUCAGGGAAACACAAGAGAAAUUUUAUGGCUUGCCAUACGUUCCAAAUACUGCCUGGCAGCUUCGAUUCAGCCAUCUUGUGGGCUACGGUGCCAAGUAUUACUCUUACCUGAUGUCCAGGGCAGUAGCUUCCAUGGUUUGGAAGGAGUGUUUUCAACAAGACCCUUUUAACAGGGCGGCAGGGGAGCGCUAUCGCAGGGAGAUGCUCGCACACGGCGGGGGCAGGGAGCCCAUGCUCAUGGUGCAAGGUAUGCUUCAGAAGUGCCCUUCUGUUGAUGACUUUGUCAGUGCCCUUGUUUCCGACUUGGAUCCGGACUUUGAAACUUUCCUCAUGGAUUCUGAGUGAUGGAAGUACCUUGGCUCUUUUAAAUCAAGGUCGUGUAGAUAUGAACUUUGUUGUAAAUGCUACAGCUGUGAACACUUGUUUUGGAUUUCAGUAUUCACUUUUGUAAUAACUUCUGAAAACCCUUAACUGAUGGAACUUGGAAUAAAUAAUUUGUUUUAAUUAUGCUGGCUUUUAGCCUGUUUGGCAGAUUUUUGAACAUAUGGAAAUCCACUCAGUGUGCUAAUAAAAACUAGAGCCUUGUGUU